AUGGAACUUGUCCUGCGCCAAGUGCGAGCCCAGUUGGCGGGCAGGCGGGCAGAUGUUGGCACGCUGCCUCCGAAGAACGGUGCGUCGGUAAAGCAGGUCCUCCCACCAAGCAAAGGAACUCAGAUCGCCCUCUACAACAGCCAUGAGGCAAACAUUGCCAUCAGCAUUGAUGGGCGAGUGCAAUGCGUCCUUGAGCUGGAGCGUCUCUUUGGAGUACGAUACUUCGUGCCAUCGCAGAACGCGACGGAACGGCGGCAAGAAUGGCUCCGCGCAGCGCACACCAUGCGAGACCGCUGCGAGUGUGAGGGAGGGCCUUGUCCGCGCCGCUUUGACACUGGCAUCCUGGUUCGACCGAGCUCGGAAGCAGAAUCAAACAUUAUCGAAGAGGUCUUCCCAGUUGACGAGUGGCGAUACGUCGAUCAUCAGGAGUCGCAUGCCUGGAUGGCUUACUAUGCGUCACCGAUGCGGCGCAUUGCCUCUCUGGACUAUGGCUUUGGCACCAUGUACAUGCUUUUGGCCGGGUUACUUCCAGAGGUCACGGGUCAGCCUUUGGAGGCCCGCUGUGCUUACACUGGCAGGGCGGAUUCAGGACCUCUGUACCCCGAAUUCUUGGCGGGCGAUUUGCAUUUGCCUUGUCUCAGCUGGGCAGGGAAGCUCAUGGGCUAUGCUGCCGCGGGAACUCCAACUGAAGACCUGCAAGAGGUUGCGCGAGAGGCCUUUGAAGUCUCAGGAGCCAUGCCCAAGUUCUCCAUGGAACAUAUUAUGAGUGUGGUACCCCCCACAACAGGGCUACCUCAAAGGUUUCAAGAGGCGCUGCAGCAAGUUUGCACUUCGGAGGAAGGGCAGCGUAACUUCGCCGCAUCGGUGCAGGCUGAGUUUGAGCGCAUCACAAACCUCACAGUGACCGAACUGGUCCAGCGUGUGGGGCACCAGAAUCUGGAUGGUGUGGUCUUGACAGGGGGUUGUGCUCUUAACGUGCUGGCGAAUCAGCUGGUGCACGACACUUUGCAAGCCGGGAAUGAUGAAGACCGCCCAGGUGUGGACGUCUGGGUGCCGCCGUCGCCUAACGAUGGUGGCCUGUCGAUUGGGGGGCUCUGGUCCGUGACCCCUCCGCCGGCUCGGCAAAACCUCCAGUACCUUGGCUUCCGGCUUUGGGAUGAGGAGUCGCUCGAGGGCCAAGCGUUGAAGCGCGGGGCGAGGCGAUUGUCAGAGCUUGGCGGCGUGGACUUUUUGGCUAAGCUGUUGGCUGGAGAGGGCGAGUGGCGGGACAGGCAUGGCCGCCAUGCGGAUCGGCCCAUCCUCGCAGUGGUGCGCGGCCGCCAGGAGUUUGGGCCUCGUGCUCUGGGCCACCGGUCCUUACUGGCCGUACCAGACGCCACGAUGAAGGAUCGAAUGAACCGUCUCAAAGCCCGGCAGUGGUACCGUCCUGUGGCCCCGAUGAUUGCAGAGGAGGCCCUGGUAGAGGUCUUCGGUCGUCGAGUCCUUUCACCUUUUAUGAGCAUGGCACCUCAGGUCCGGAGGGACACACAGGAGAAGUUCCCAGCACUGGCGCACUUUGAUGGUACUGCCAGGCACCAAUCGGUCAGCAAAGCUGACGAGCCUUGGGUUCAUGCUCUACUUCUAGCUGUAGGCAAGCAUACGGGCUUGGCAGCUCUGAUCAAUACCAGCUUCAACACCAAGGGCAAGCCCAUAGUCAACACUGUCAGUGAGUGUCUUCAAAUGCUAGAUGAGCUCCCUGGUCUUGACUACGUGGUCAUAGAGGAUUGGCUCUUUGAGAAGGCUCGCUCCUGA